CAACGCUAAUAUCAAGCGUCUCUUUUCAAAAAGAAAAUAAUAUAAAUCGAGUAAACAAUUUAAUUGGAAUUCAAAGACGUGCAAUAUGUAUAAAAAUCUAGACCUUUCCGCCCUAAGUGUGGAUGAUAUCGUGGAGGAGUACAAGCUUCUGCACGAUCGCCACCAGCAGUUGAAGGAUCAGAGCGAGAAGGAUGCGCAGAGGAUUUAUGAGCUAAAAAGGAAUCUGGACACUGCUUUGGCGGCAGAAUCGUAUUUAACCCAGGAGCUGGAACAUCUGAGCAGCCAGCCGGUGGUCAAUAAGUCGGGAGCGGACUCCCAAGAACUAGAGGAACUGCGUCGGAAGUAUAAGGCUCUAAAAGAGGAACAGGAUACUUUGCAGCUGGAUUAUGACUCAAAUGUAGAGGAGUCUAGGAAACUAAGGGAUAAACUGGCCGCUACUGAACGAGAACUUGCAGAUAAGGCGGCGUCCAAAUCAAAUGAUCCACACGAGGAUUUUAUGUCGCGAUUUAAUGCCCUGGAACUAGAGAACUGUGAGUUGAUGCAAAAACUGGCGGACUACGAGGACUCCCAAGUCGCCACCACCUUAGCAGUCGCCGAGAAAGAGAAAACUAUCGAGUGUCUGCAAGAUCGGGUGAGCUGCAUGGAGCAGAACCUCAACUGCAAGCGGGACGAACUGGAGGAGAAGUUGCAGUUGCUAGAGAGCUGUCAGGAACAGCUUGUGGAUGCAAAUGCCAAGAUAGCAUUGCUGACUUCCGCCCCUGAAAACAAUGAUCGCAAAGGGAACUCCCUGUUCGCCGAGGUGGACGAUCAAAGGCAGGUGAUGAAGAAGCUGCUGGCGGCACAGAAGAAGAGCUAUCUGGACAUGAAGAAGACUUUCUCGGAGAGUCAGUUCGAGAUCAGGCGUCUCAAGCGGGAGAACGUGGCCAUGCACACGGAGUUGCAGGCCUGCAGCACCAUCUUCUGCAGUGCGGACAAGACGUAUCAGAAUAAGCUGAAUGAGCGCAUUCGUCAGUUGAUGGCUGCAAACGAUAGUCUGGAAAGGCAACUGAAUCUCUCCCAGGAACGGCUUCGUCAGCUGGCCUCCGAGAAGUCGGUCACUUGGCUGGACUCGAUACUGGAUUUCUGCAAACGCGAAACGGAGGAGCUGAAGGCGCAGCUUCAUAGCUUGCACAUCCAGAAGGCCGGACUAGAGGAACGAAUGCGAUCGGUGCAGCAGGAAAUGGCACGUUGGCGCUUUGAGUCUUUGAAAUCCCGCUGUGUGCUCAUUGAUCGUGAAAAUCUGCUUACGGAGCAUAAAAUCGGUUUCAAACCCAUGCAGGCCAUGGAGUUUAACAUCAAGGAAGCGGAGUUAAAUGCUGCGUUGCCUCGCAUUGUCAGUGCAGCCCAAUCAUCAUCUUCAUUAGCCCAAUUACCUACUCCGAAUAACUGCUCAAUUGGACCAAAAACCACGUCCACAACUCUUCCAACUCCUAUUGAAACUAUUGUUCUAGAUACACCCAUUAAGACUGACGUUAAGGAAGAGGUAGAGGGUCCUCUUAUGCAUGCAGUAAAACCUACCCGAAAGGGAACACCUGUAAAAAUCAAACAGGAAGAAGAUUACGGAGUUAUGCCUGUGAAAAACAGCACACCUUUUAAGACAAUUAUGGGUAUCAAAAUAAAAAAAGAAGUCAACUUGAACUUUGAGCAAACGGCCGAGGUUAAUAUCAAAAAUGAAGAAUCGGAAAACAUGGAGUUCAAUGCUUCGGAAUCGAUUCCAAAGCCCCAAAUAAAAGGCACUCCUGUUAAAGUCAAUUUAAGCCUUCAACAUAACGAUCUUGAUGAAGCGACGCCCCAGAAGGACAUUAACCAAAAUGACGCCCAAGAAAAGAAUACCCCAGCUAAACCUUUAAUGAAGGGUACUCCAGUCAAGCAACGCUUGGGCGAAAUUAAAGUGAAGUCCAAUGAAGUCUUGCUAGAGCCUGGGAUGGACACGCCUGCUAAACCGCAGCGUAAAGGAACACCUGUAAAGCUCGUAAAGCUGGAAAUGGAGCCUGAUGACAGUGGCGAAGAGUCUUUCAAAGAAACUCCCAAGAAAGAGGGAUUCGAGGCCAUUGAAAUUCUUAACAGUCCCACGCCGCAAAAACCGCAACGUAAGGGAACUCCUGUAAGGGUUCCUGCUAUUAAAGAAUCGACUAACAACAAUAUGCGCUCCAUUCUGACCAAAAAACGACAAGUUUUUGCUGAAGAUUCGCAAAAGACGGUCAAGUUUAGUGCGAAUGAUCCCAUUGUUCACAAUUUAAGUCCUACCGAUAGAUCUCUAACUGCGGAGCUCACCAAGGAAAAUGAAAAACCAAUGGAAACUGAAGAACUCAAGGACAUUAAACCCACCAUAAAGAGACCAAACAUCAUACGGCGUAUAGUAGUGAGCUCCCGGAAACCAAUGAUGAAAUGAUUGCAUCAGUGUUUUAAACGAACUUUAAUUCGAAUUUAAUCUUGGCCAAUCUUACCAUUUAAUUACACAGCGAAGACAGAGAAAUUAAGGAUACAAAGAGGCACAAAUUAAAAUAAAUUUAUUUCACCACAGACUAAAUGAACUUAGUAACAAUAA